AACAUCAAGAUCAAGAUCAUCAACAUCAUCAUCAGGGCUCAAGUUGGCGUGGCUUUGUUUACCGUUAAGGACAUCGGUUGAAUCUUUGUAUUCAUUUUGUACUCGUUAAUUUAUCUAUACUCUUCUUUUUCAUCUAAUUUCUUUGUCCAGAGAGACAGAUUUCACCAUGGAGAAGACUCCACUAAAGCUGAAGCUGAAGUUGGGUGGCAGUGGUCCUGCCACACCUGAGCAACAGAAAGGUUGUUCCCCUGCCCAUCCAACCAUCAUCUCAAAUAUGGCUGAUGAUGAUGCCUGCCAGCCCACUCUUGGGUUGGCUUCUGAUGAUGAUGGAGAGGAAGAGGAACCAGUUGAGGAAUUACAGGGUGAAGAUGACCACCAGGCUGAGGACGAGAGUUCAAAGUCUCGCUCGCGACACUCCCAUCAUGAUGAUGGAACCAGAGAAAAGCACAAGAAAUCUAAAAAGAAGAAGAAAAAGAAGGAAAGAGAAAAGGACAAAGAGAGACACAAGCAUCGCCACCAUCGUGACAAAAUAGAGGUUGUAGGAGAGGAUGCUGUCAUGGAUGAGCAACCUCCCCCGUCCAAAAAACCACACUUAGAAGUGAUUGGAGCAAGUGGCAACAGGUCAUCUCCCAUCUUGGAGCCAAGCAUAACUAGUUACAAAGAAAAGGAGGCAAACUCAGCUCUCAUGCAAUUACUGGAGCACCUGUUAGGGCUGCUGGAGAAAAGGGAUCCUCAGCAGUUCUUUGCUUGGCCAGUGACUGAUGCCAUUGCUCCUGGGUACUCCUCUAUUAUAUCUCAGCCCAUGGACUUCUCCUCCAUGAAGACAAAAAUUCAGGAGACUUCCUACACCUCUUUGAAGCAGUUCCAGGCUGACUUUGAGCUGAUGUGCAAUAACUGCAUGACAUACAAUCAACCAGACACCAUCUACUACAAGGCAGCUAAGAAACUACUUCAUGCUGGCCAGAAAAUGAUGUCACCGGAGAAGGUGCUGCACCUCAAGCGUGAUGUACCCCUCAUGUCCCUACUCACCAAGGACCAGUUGGGCUUUGAAGUGGUCCCAUCUUCAAUGAAUGCAGGACCAGAAGGUGAUGAUAAUAUUGACACUGAACCCCUUGAAUCCAUGGAUGAAGAUGGAGACAGCAAAGAUCCCCACUGCAAGUUUGAAGCAGUGCAGGACAAUCUGAGUGCAGAGGAGCUACUGGAGCAGGUUCAGGGAGCAGCCAGUGAAGCAGCUGAGAAACUCACGAUCAAAAGGCCCUCCAGCACGCUUGGAUUUCUAAGACAGCGAGGAGAUGGCACCACUUCCCUCAGUUUCCUAACAGGUUGCGAGGGUGGUGGAGAUGUUGGUUCCAAGGACAAGCCUGUGAGUCUAGGUCUUUUGACAGGAAAGCUCACCCAGGGUUCAGCUACCCUCCACAACUACCGAGAGGACAAGAGGAGUAUGGCUAAACCUAUUAAACCCGUGUACUAUGGAUCAUAUUCGUCCUUCUGCCCCACGUAUGAUUCCACAUUUGCAAAUCUCAGCAAAGAGGAAAGUGAGAUGGUAUAUGCUACAUAUGGGAAUGAAACUGCUGUACAGUAUGCUAAAAGCAUUGUGGACUUCUCCCAAGACUGUGACAUGGCCAUGCAUUUAGUGGAUCAGCUGCUCAACCUGCUCACUCAUCAGCAGCACACACGAACCAAGACUGCUAUCACUAACCGCCGCCGCCUUGAAGAGGAGGAAGAACGCAUUGCUGCCCUCCUCUGUCCCCCUGGAGAAAUUGGAGGGCAGGCUGGAGCACAAGACCAGAAGACAAGUUCCAACAUAGACUAUGGAGCCCUGCGAAGCCUCUCAGAUCUUGGAAUUGAUUCACCCUUUCUCAACCACUUUGAGGAGCAGGAGAAACGUGAAACCCAGAUAAACUCUCAACUUGAAGAGAAUGCAACCCUUCUUGAGCAGCUGUCCCGGGAACAACAUGAGCGCCUUUCACGACCAUUGCCAGCCUCUUUGAACAAUUUAGCUGCUCCCUCACAACAAGAACUGCAACUGGUGGAGAAGGUAACAGAGGGGCUGACUCAGGUUGCAAAGCAGGCCUCUCCUGGCUCUCUGGCCCCAGUCCCUAUUGUACGGCGGGCUAUGGGAAUCACCGUCCUGCCAGUCACCUCUGAGCCAACUGACAGUAUUGAGGUUGACAUUGAGGCCAGUUGGGGACAGGACAAGACAACCUCCAUCACCACCACUACCACAGGACUACCUGCAGCACCACAACAGCAGCAGCAGCAGCAUCUCACAAAUACAUCACAGCAGCAGGAGCAGAAAACAGCUACUAUCAUCACAGCAGCACAUGAUCUAGAAAGUCAGCUGAGUCAAAUUUUGCACCAGUCUGAGGCUGCUCCCCCACCCCCUUCUAUGGCCAUGAGUGAUUCCUCCCUCAGAGAAGUCCUGAACAGUUGACAAACAGAGCCAUAGGCUCAUUCAGCGACUUGCCUCACCCUUGAGUAUCUUCAUGUGCAAGUGUGCCUGUUUGUUUUCUUUACGUGCCACCUUGCUCACCUAUUUAAUCACCUGGCCCUUUUACUCUAGGCAUAACAGGAGAGAUAGGUUUCACGAUUUUAGGCAUUUAUUUCUAUAAGGCUCCUUUUUAAAGGAACAGUAAUAGUUUUGUCACUGCUUGUCUGUGUCCAUUUGUCUGUAUGUUUGUCUGUGCUUGAUGAUUCAGGUCCUCUCUUCAUUAACUGAAGCUCAUUUUAUUGGAAAGGAAAAACACGGUAUAAUAUAUGAGGUAUUGAUAUCACAGUCGUAACCUGACCAAGAUUUUUCUCCAUUUUCUACUAUAAUGCUUAGCAGGUUAUUGUGUUAUCUCAUUAUUAUUAUUAUUAUUAUUAUUAUUAUUAUUAUUAUUAUUAUAUUAUUAUAUUAUUAUUAUUAUUAUUAUUGUGAUUGUUAUUAUUAUUAUUAUUACAGUAAAAGUCCUGCCUUUUGCCAUUAUGGGACAAAACAGGUGCCGAAAUAUUGCACGUGCCAAAAAAUCUGAUGUGAAUUUCAUCAGCUAUAUUAACAAUGAAUAAAUGAGAACAAGCUAU